AAAAAAAAACAAAUGCCUUGGUACUUACACAUUUAUUUUACUAUUUUUAUGUGUCGAUUAAAAUAAAAGAUGUGCUAAGCUAAACAUAUUGUGUGUGUGUGUAUCGCAAUGGUGAAUUUCGAUGUAAAACAGUUUGAACAAGAAGGAAAAAAGGACGAAAAUAAAGGUCCUUGGUUUGGAGCAAGGCAUGUCCAGAUCAUACUAUUACUUUAUUGCCUCGUGGUUGGAAUGGCCACCAAGGCCAGUUUCGCAAUUCAAAUCGUUGCCAUGACAAAAGAAAAAUCCAAUUCACCGAACCCAAAUAUACCAACCUACCCUGAAUGGACCAAUACAGGAGUGAUUCUCUCCUCCUUUUUUUGGACCUAUGUGAUAUCAAAUGUAGUGGCGGCACCCAUAGAAAAAAAGUAUGGCCCAAAAUGGUUCCUUUUGGGGGCCAUUUUUAUAAACUGUGUAGCAUUCUCUCUUAUUCCAUUGGUAGCUGAACUGUUUGGGGCCAAUGGGGUACUUGUUUGUAGGAUGCUUCAAGGAAUGGGCCAGGGAUUUUUAUUUCCGACUCAGCAAGUGAUUUUGGGACUUUGGGCACCAACUGAAGAAAGAUCUAGAGCUACAGUGGCUGUAAAUGCUGGUACAACAAUAGGAGUGAUGAUAUCAACUAUAGUCCCAGGGUACCUUUCAGCUUCGUGGUGGGGCUGGCCCUUCUCAUUUUACACUAUUGGCUUGUUUGGAUUUCUUUGGUGUUUAUUAUAUCUGAUUUUUGGCCAUGGUAGCCCUGCUACUCACCCAACGAUUACACCCGAGGAAAGGCGGUACAUACAGAGGUCCUUAAAUCAAGAGGAGGAAAAGGAUGUUCCAGUCCCAUUUAAAGAUAUGGCAUUAUCGUAUAGCGUAUGGGCAGUAUUGGUGGCACAAAUUGGUAUUGCUUGGUCUAAUAAUAUGGCGUACACAGAAUAUCCUUCUUAUCUCGAUAAAGUGAUGGGGUUUGAUAUUCAAUCGAAUGGACUUUAUAGCGCACUACCACCAGCUACUGCCAUGAUUACAGGCUUCAUAUUUGGUCCAUUAUCUGAUUAUCUAAUAAACAACCAUUUAGUUACAACUGUCAAUACAAGACGAAUUUUCCACUUAAUAGGCGGUCUAGGUAUAUCUGCAAGCAUUAUUUAUCUCUCAUAUCUCCAACCUGACCAAAAGCUUAUGUCUAUUGUGCUGAUGACAGCGAUCUACGUUUCGCAAUCCGCUAUGGUUUACGGAAAUAUCAUAAAUAUGAUCGAUAUUUCACCCAGAUUUGCCGGAAUCAUUUUUGGAAUCUCAAAUGCUUUGGGUCAGUGUAUCGCUUUGUUUGCACCCUUGCUAGUGCAGUUUGUUGUGGUACAUCAGAACGAGUCUUCAGAAUGGCGAAUCGUAUUUGAAACCACGUCGGUGAUCAUAACAGGAACAUCAAUUAUCUUUGUUCUAUUUGCAUGUGGUUCCAGGCAGCCUUGGGACGAUCCAAAACAGCAAUCAAGUGAUCAGUCAUAGUAAAAUAAAUUAGUAAAAAACAUGUAUUUAUAAUGUAACAUAAUAGUUUGACUGACUAGA